UUUACCUCGCAUACAUACGCAGCAAUGCGAUAUGCAUUUCUACUACGGCAUGUGCCAGCAUUUGCAAUUCUAGUGCCUGAAACCGCGCUGCCCAUACCAUGCCGUCUCACUGUUAGGUACGCCGAGGCCGAGAAACGAGCCGUCGUCGAGGUCCGGCUUCUAGUGGACAUAGAUGGGUUCGACGAACCGCAGCCCUUCGAUCUCACAUACAACCCUACCAACUGGGUUCAUGAAGAAAUUUCUUGGAGCUCUGCUAGAGGUAUCCUUUCUCAGAACCAGCUCAUGGGACUUGCGCGUAAUCAGUCCGCAAGCAAGAGUUGUUCUGCGAAAAUCCUCUCCCUCUCUUUACUUACACCAUGCGCAAUCCGAUGCUCCCCGUCCAUCAAGUCCGUAGCCCCGAAACCAGGCGGCUCGUCCAGUUAUGGCCACCUUCUUUCCCUCUCUCGAACAACAUCGUGUAAAAUCAUAUUUGAUGUGGGAAGACUUGAGAAGCAGUCACACAGCGCUUUCUUCUACAUAAUCACCUAUCCACAACACCUGGCCAAUCUACCGGCUGAGCGAUGCCAUGAGACAUGGAGGCAGCUCGACUGGACAGAUCUGCACCCCGAGGAAUCCGCGCUGCCUUCCUAUGCUGCUGUGUCCGCCAAACGCUCUAGAGCAGGCAGCUCGUCGCCCAGCGCACCACCCUCUAAAUAUGCCCGCGUCCAAGGCAACGCAAUACCUUUCUCUGCACUGUCCGCAGGCUCACCAACGGAAAAGGCUACCACGACCACAGCCUCACCCAGUCCACAACCCCCAUCACCCCGUAUUGGACACGCGUCCGAAAUCGAACGUGUAUUCGACACAUUGAUCGAGAGUAGGCUUCCUGCGGCUCUGCAGAAGAUGAUGCCAGAUGCGCUCGCUCUUCUAUUCGCCGGGUCUGACUCGCCGGAAAGCUCCAACGCAGCCCCUCGUCCUGGUACGAAUUCUAUACGUGCACCUGCGAUUAUCGACCGCCUGUCUAGUCGAGAUCAGGCAUUCUCGAAGGCUCUGCAAAAUUUGCGUGCAGAUAUGGAAGACGAUGCUUUGGAAGUGCGCAAACAAGGCGACGUUGAGUUUUUUGAAACACUCAACGACUACAAACUUGACCUUUUGGAGGCGAAAGAUGCCCAUGUUGCCGAGAUGAACGAAGAGUUCCAGUGUAGGAUGGAAGAUCUUCGCGAUGAGACAAUAGAGCUGGUUGGGGAAACCAAGGCGGCGAUUGAGGAUUGCGCCGAUACCGUAUAUCUUAACGCCUGGGACAGGCUAGAGGGGAUUGGCAACUUGGCGUCCCUGCGCCGAUCGCGUGUCACAACAUCAUCUACCGAAGGUCGUAGGGCGACUUCGUUGCCGUUGUGA